AUGUAUAUGAUACUGGUAAGAGCAGUAUUUAUAACUGGAAUGCUGGGAAAUAUGUUCAUUGGACUGGCAAACUGCUCUGACUGGGUCAAGAACCAGAAAAUCACCUUCAUCAACUUCAUCAUGGUCUGUUUGGCAGCUUCCAGAAUCAGCUCUGUGCUGAUGUUAUUUAUUGAUGCAACCAUACAAGAACUAGCGCCUCAUUUCUAUUAUUCUUACCGUCUAGUAAAAUGCUCUGAUAUAUUCUGGGUUAUAACUGAUCAACUAUCAACAUGGCUUGCCACCUGCCUGAGCAUAUUCUACUUAUUCAAAGUAGCCCACAUUUCCCAUCCCCUUUUCCUCUGGUUUAAGUGGAGAUUGAGAGGUGUGCUUGUUGUUUUUCUUGUAUUUUCUUUGUUCUUAUUGAUUUCUUAUUUUCUACUGCUUGAAACACUUCCUAUUUGGGGAGAUAUUUAUGUAACCCUUAAAAACAAUCUGACCUUAUUUUCAGGUACAAUUAAGACCACUGCUUUUCAAAAGAUAAUUGUUUUUGAUAUAAUAUAUUUAGUCCCAUUUCUUGUGUCCCUAGCAUCAUUGCUCCUUUUAUUUUUGUCCUUGGUGAAACACUCCCGAAGCCUUGACCUGAUUUCUACCACUUCUGAAGAUUCCAGAACCAAGAUUCAUAAGAAGGCCAUGAAAAUGCUGGUGUCUUUCCUCAUUCUCUUUAUAAUUCACAUUUUUUUCAUGCAGUUAGCACGGUGGUUAUUAUUUUUGUUUCCAAUGAGCAGGCCAAUUAAUUUCAUCUUAACAUUAAAUAUCUUUGCCUUAACUCACUCAUUUAUUCUCAUCCUGGGAAAUAGCAAUCUUCGACAGAGAGCAAUGAGGAUCCUGCAACAUCUUAAAAGCCAGCUUCAAGAGCUGAUCCUCUCCCUUCAUAGAUUCUCCAGUCUUUACUAG